AUGGCACAAGCUCCCAAUAAAGCCCAGGAGCGUCUUUCUCAGGUUUCCAGCCAACUCGCAGGCUCCGACCCGCGGCAGUCAGUCCUGGCUAAGUCCUCAGAUGAUGUUGUUGUCACCUGCGCCCUCCGUACCCCCUUCACCAAAGGGGGCAAAGGUCUUCUGAAAGACACUGCCGCUGCCGACUUGCUGGCUCUUACCUUGAAGAACCUCAUUUCCAAAUCCAAAAUCGACCCAUCUCUUGUUGAAGAUAUCGCUACUGGUUGCGUCCUGGCCCCUGGGGGUGGUGCUACGGAGUACCGUGCUGCGGCACUUGUCGCUGGCUUCCCAGAGUCUACAGCGGUCAAGUCUCUCAAUCGCCAAUGCUCUUCAGGCUUACAAGCUGUCGUGGACAUUGCGCAUGCUAUCAAAGCUGGUCAGAUCGAGAUUGGUAUUGGCUCUGGUGUUGAAAGCAUGUCCAGCCAAUAUGGACCCGGCGCAGUUACCGAGUUCUCUGAUCUACUGGAGAACCAUCUCCAAGCGUCGAAUUGCAAAGUCCCUAUGGGUGUUUUAUCCGAACAAAUGGCCAAGGACAGAAAGAUUACCCGGAUCGAUCAAGACACAUUUGCCGCAUCCUCAUAUCAGAAGGCACUGAAGGCGCAAGAAGCAGGUCUAUAUGACGAAGAGAUCGCCCCGAUCACCGUGAGAUACACAGACCCAAAAACUGAAGAAGAAAAGACUGUGACGGUGAGUCAGGAUGAUGGCGUUCGACCCGGUAUCACAACGGAGUCUCUCUCGAAAAUCCGUGCAGCUUUUGCCAAAGAUGGAACCAUUCACGCUGGCAACGCUAGCCAAGUCUCCGACGGUGCCGCUGCCGUGCUCCUGAUGAAGCGAAGUACCGCGGAGCGUCUAGGGCAGCCAAUUCUGGGCAAAUUCGUCGCAAGCUCCGUUGUGGGAGUGCCUCCUUUGCUCAUGGGCAUUGGUCCCUGGAAAGCGAUUCCUGUGGCAUUGCAGAAAGCUGGCUCUGGGUUGUCCCCUGAACAUGUCGACAUCUUCGAGAUAAAUGAAGCAUUUGCCAGCCAGGCAGUUUGGUGUGUCAAGGAGCUUGGUAUACCUUUUGAGAAAGUGAACCCCAAGGGCGGUGCUAUCGCCUUUGGCCAUCCCCUCGGUUGCACCGGUGCGCGCCAAGUUAGCACCCUGUUCACCGAACUGAAACGUACAGGGAAGAAAGUUGGGGUUACUAGUAUGUGUGUUGGGACAGGAAUGUGA